AUGGACGUGGUGAAGGUGGCGUACGGGCUGACGGAGACCAGCCCGCUGUUAACGGUCGGCUUCCCCUCCGAUGACGUGGAGCACCGCUGCGGCACCGUCGGCUACCCGCUGGACCACUGCGAGCUCAAGGUGGUGGACGAGAGCGGCCAGAUCGCGCCGCCCAACACGCCCGGCGAGCUGUGCGCGCGCAGCUACAGCACAUUCCUCGGCUACUGGGACGACGCGGAGAAGACGCGUGCCAGCCUCACUCCGCAGCGUUGGUUCCUUACCGGUGACGUGGCGGUCAUCACUGAGGACGGCUACGUCAAGAUCGUGGGCCGGGCCAAGGACAUGGUGAUCCGGGGCGGCGAGAACAUCUACCCGGCCGAGAUUGAAGACUUCCUCAUGACCCACCCGGAUGUGAUGGAGGCCUACGCGUUUGGCGUGCCGGACGAGCGGAUGGGCGAGGAGCUGUGCGUCUGGGUCCGCAGCCGUCAGCCCGGCGCCGUCAGCGAACACGACAUCAGGAGCUUCGCCAAGGGCCGGAUCGCCCAUUACAAGGUGCCGCGUUACAUCGUGUUCCGCGACGACUUCCCCAAGACGGUGACGGGCAAGGUCCAGAAGUUCGUCAUGCGCCGGAUGAUGGCCGAGGAGCUGGGCUUGGAGCACGGCGUACUCCGCUUCGACGACCUGCUGGACGCCGGCAAGGAGUCGCUUUCUGGCGAGCUGGAGCGGCGCCAAGCGCAGGUCGACUGCGACGACCCGUGCAGCAUCCAGUUCACCUCGGGCACCACGGGCCUGCCCAAGGGCGCUACGCUCACCCACCACAACGUGGUCAACAACAUGCUGAUGAUGGCCGGCCGUGUGGGCUUCGACGCGGGCGGGGCGCGCAUCUGCAUGUCGGUGCCGCUCUACCACUGCUUCGGCUGCGUGGGCGGCUCGGUGAUGGCGCCGCUGCACGGCAACACGCUCGUCUUCCCGUCGCCCGUGUUCAACGCCACCGCGUCCCUGCAGGCCACGCAGGACGAGAGGUGCACCCACAUGUACGGCACCCCGACCAUGUUCGUGGACAUGGUGAACCUGCCGGAGCUGGAGCGGCUGGACCUGAGCACGCUCCGCUCGGGCCUGGUAGCCGGCGCGCCCGUGCCUUUCCACCUGAUGGAGGCCAUGAUUUCCAAGCUGGGCAUGCAGAACUCUGUGGUGGCGUACGGGCUGACGGAGACCAGCCCACUGUUAACGGUCGGCUUCCCCUCCGAUGACGUGGAGCACCGCUGCGGCACCGUCGGCUACCCGCUGGACCACUGCGAGCUCAAGGUGGUGGACGAGAGCGGCCAGAUCGCGCCGCCCAACACGCCCGGCGAGCUGUGCGCGCGCAGCUACAGCACAUUCCUCGGCUACUGGGACGACGCGGAGAAGACGCGUGCCAGCCUCACUCCGCAGCGUUGGUUCCUUACCGGUGACGUGGCGGUCAUCACUGAGGACGGCUACGUCAAGAUCGUGGGCCGGGCCAAGGACAUGGUGAUCCGGGGCGGCGAGAACAUCUACCCGGCCGAGAUUGAAGACUUCCUCAUGACCCACCCGGAUGUGAUGGAGGCCUACGCGUUUGGCGUGCCGGACGAGCGGAUGGGCGAGGAGCUGUGCGUCUGGGUCCGCAGCCGUCAGCCCGGCGCCGUCAGCGAACACGACAUCAGGAGCUUCGCCAAGGGCCGGAUCGCCCAUUACAAGGUGCCGCGUUACAUCAUGUUCCGCGACGACUUCCCCAAGACGGUGACGGGCAAGGUCCAGAAGUUCGUCAUGCGCCGGAUGAUGGCCGAGGAGCUGGGCUUGGAGCAGUAGCCGGCGCCGCCGACCGACGGCGCGCGGUGCGGCCGUGGCGGCGCGCGGCAUGCCGACGACGCUGCGUGCAGGCCUCCUCCGCCGGCUGGGCGGAGCGGCCCGUGCGACGAGCGGCUCGUCGCUGCGCGCAACAGGAGGGUAGUUUGCGGAUGGGAUUUGGGGGUUUGGUGGGAAAGGGGAUUAAUUCAGUGGAGGUCAGUUACCUUUAGAUGAAUCUGGCGACCACAACUUCCUUUGUCCUUCGAUAGUCCGUGCUGCCGAACUCGGCAUGUUUGUAACGUUCUAUUGAAUGAUAGAGCUGUUUGCCAGUUGUGGAUGGGUCAGCGGGAGCAGUGUUUUAUUGAAUUGAGAUCAGUGUUCUCCAGGUGGAAUGGAUUCACAUUGAGCAUCGUUCACAUCGGCUGCAUUGCCAGCGCGAUCUUUUGUGAUUUUUCGCUGGUCAAUCGGUCGGAGUAUUUUUCUCAAAGGAUAUCGAUCAGCUGGCUGGCGUCUGACGGCCGGAUGACGUCGCUCAGCUGACUGUUGUCCCGCUUGGUGUCAGAGCGGGGUGAAGCUGGGGACGGUUGGAAAGGUUAUGGGAGCAGUGUGGUUGACGUUUGAGCCUUGUAGGUGGGAUCGCCUGAUGAUAUAAGCUUGGAUCGGCCCAUGCCGGGCGGGAGCCAUGAACCCAUAUAACCCGUGUAAGUCCACAUUUGCGUGCCAUUUUCUCUGCCAUUUAUGGUUGAGCGAUGUCGGAGAAAAGGGUCAGAUUUAGUUCAGUUUGUUUUUACCGCGUCCAUAGAACUGCUUAAUGUUGUUUUACAUUCACUGUAGCAUGCUAUUGGUCAUUGACCGCAAUUAUGUAUUCAGGGAUUGUCUGCAUGCAAUAGCGAUGGACCUUUUCCUCAGGUUACAUUAUCGCCGAGCCAUGUUGGCUACUGUAAGGCCAUUGCAGCGUACCUACGCGUAUCAGUUAACGUGCGUACGUCCGCUCACAAAUGUCAACGUAUCCCCACUAGAAUGCAUUGGCGUCGCUGGUAAUGAGCGUUGUGUUAUUGGUGCUAAUCAUUUUCGUGUUUCGCUGAUGUCACGCCGUUUUGGAUCCGCAUUUGAAGACGUAGGGAUAUCAUUGGCUCAUUUCAUCGAAUUGGUUUCUUUUUACAUGCAUUCGCUGUGACGGUGACUAGAUGGUAGAGAGGUGUCUGCAUCGUCUCAACAUGCCGACAAUAAAGCGUGAUCUGAUGCAUAAA